ACCAGUCAAAUCCGAAUCAAUUCGAUUCCCUCCACGUGCCUCCCUUCUUCUUUCUUCUCUUUUCCACUUUCCCAUUUCAGAAUUCAUUGCGUACAGACUCAGCAGAAACUAUUCUUUCCCUUCAUCGCUUGUUUAUUUACUAUUUUAUCCUCUCCAAGUCUCUAAUGUUCCAUUUUGUCAAGCUUCAUAUUUUAUUUUCAUCCAUGCACAAUUGGGGGUAUGAUGUCUUGUAUUUGUUGCAUGGAAUUGUGGAUUAAUUCUAAUGACCUUGUUUACUAUCUUUGUUACUAGGGCUCAACAAACUUGUAGGGUGGUUGUCUCUGAGGAAAUUUUUUUAAGGUUGUAUGAGUAUUUCAGUAAAAUGCACCUAUAUAAUAUUGCUAUUAAUUUCAGUGAGUUUAUUCUCUGCAAUCUAAGAGUCACCAAUUCUCCAUUGAUGAUGAAGCAUAUCUCAUUUCACUGUGGAUGUAGGUUAUCUUAUUGAACCACAUAAAUCAUUCCAUUGUAUGACUAUUUAUUUAUGAUUUUCAUUCGUUUCUUGCGCAUCGUCAUAGGUUUUAGUUUUCUAAUCUCUUUGCUCAAACUUUGUAAUCUAUAUAGCUUUAUAUUCUAAGCUAUACUAGUUGUGUAAAACAGCCAGUUUAGCCAAUUGAACUAAUAAGGAGGCAUUUAAGGGUAUCAAAAUCGUCUACAGGGCGGUAAGGUGCAAUCAACAUCCAACGGCUGGGGUGUAUGACCUGUCCCUCUGAACCGUUGGAUACUCACUACACCUCAAUGACCACUGCAGACAAGGACGAUGUUUGCAAACUCAAAGUUGCCAUGUAAAUUCCCCAAACACCCCCUACUUUUUUUUGGAUCCCUUGCUUGGAGAACUCUGCAGCAUAUUUUCUUUUUUUCUUCUAUAUAUAUUGACUUGUCUUGGGAAAGUGCUCUGUUUUAAGAGAGGAGGAGAUAGAGAGAGAGUGGAGAAUCAUUUCAGGAGGAAAAAGAAAAAAAGAAAAGAAAAGAAAAGGAAGAAUGGAAGAACAGGUUGAAUUGGUGGGAAAGGCAUUUGUCGAUCAUUACUACCUGCUGUUUGACACCAAUCGUGCCAAUCUCCCUUCCCUCUACCAUCCCACAUCUAUGCUCUCCUUUGAAGGUCAGAAGAUACAAGGUGUGGAAGAGAUUGCUCGUAAGCUCACCCAAUUGCCCUUCGAUCAUUGCCUCCACACCAUCUCCACCAUCGAUUCUCAGCCAUCUUCUUUACCUGGUGGUAUCAUUGUCUUUGUUAGUGGCAACCUUCAAUUGCAAGGAGAGGAACACCACCUAAGGUUCAGCCAGAUGUUUCAUUUGGUCCCAACACAAGAAGGGAGCUUCGUUGUGCAGAAUGACAUAUUCCGUCUUAAUUAUGGUUGAAAUUUUAGAUCAUUCGCAAUGUAUUUUAUCCUAUUAAAAUCUAUUAAUGGUUGUUUAAUUCCAUAAUAGUUUCAUUCAUGUGUGGAAAUAAACUUGAAAGUGGAGGAGAGAUGUCAAUCGGUCUGCUUUGUUGAUCACCCAAACUCAGAUUGGAUCACUCAUAUGAUGUAUCUGGUUUCGUUCUUUUCACAUCAUCUUUGAAGCUUUAAUGGGUAUUCUGGUUCAUCAUCA